AUGUCGGACGCUGAGAAAGGCCUGGCCGGCGUUGGCUCAUCAACGCCGGACAAAGAGGCUCCCCCGACCUUCGCCUCCGCCGCCACCGAAACCUCCGUCCGGGCUCGCGAUAAGGAAGACUUUUGGACGCGCAAUGGUCUCAAUCUGCGGUCGUUCCAGAUGCGUGACAUUGGUGAGAGCUCGAUUGACUCGCUCGACCGUACCAUGAAGAAGCGCCACAUGCACAUGAUCGCCAUUGGCGGUUCCAUUGGUGCUGGUUUCUUCGUCGGUUCUGGUAACGCUCUGCGCACUGGCGGCCCCGGGACGCUUCUGAUCGAUUUUGCCAUUAUCGGUGUCAUGAUGUUCAACGUCGUCUACGCUCUCGGUGAACUCGCUGUUAUGUACCCUGUCUCUGGUGGCUUCUACACGUAUUCGACCCGCUUCAUCGACCCGUCCUGGGGUUUCGCCAUGGGCUGGAACUACGUCAUGCAGUGGGCUGUCGUGCUGCCACUCGAACUCACGGUGUGCAGUCUUACUAUUGGUUAUUGGAACUCGGAGAUCAGCGUCGCUGUCUGGAUUACCAUCUUCUGGCUCGCUAUCGUGCUUAUCAACAUCUUCGGUACUCUGGGCUAUGCUGAGGAAGAGUUUUGGUCUUCGUGCCUUAAGCUUGGCGCCAUCGUUGUCUUCAUGAUCAUUGCUCUGGUCAUGGUCUGCGGUGGUGGCCCUAAGGGCAGCAGGUACGAUGAAUACUGGGGUGCCCGUCUCUGGCACAACCCUGGUGCCUUCGCCAAUGGCUUCCGUGGCUUUUGCUCUGUCUUUGUCACUGCCGCCUUCUCCUUCUCCGGUACUGAGCUGGUCGGUCUCGCUGCUGCUGAGGCUCGCAACCCGGUCAAGUCCCUGCCCGGUGCCAUUAAGCAGGUUUUUUGGCGUAUCACCCUCUUCUACAUUCUGGGUCUCUUCUUCAUCGGCCUGCUCAUCGCCUACGACGACGAGAACCUCCUGGGCGCCAACCCUUACGUCAACGUCAACGCUUCUCCCUUCGUCCUGGUUGGAAAGUACGGAAACCUUAAGGGCUAUGAUGAUUUCAUGAAUGUCAUUAUCCUUGUCUCCGUCCUGUCCAUCGGUGUCUCGUCCGUCUACGGCGGCUCUCGCUGUCUCACAGCCCUUGCUCAGCAGGGCUAUGCUCCCAAGAUCUUCUCGUACAUCGACCGCUCUGGACGUCCGCUCGUAUCGGUCCUCUUCAUCAUUGCCUUCGGUCCUCUCGCGUACAUCAACCUGUCGGCUGACGGUCCUACUGUCUUCGACUGGCUGCUUGCCUUGUCUGGUCUCGCUGCCCUCUUUACUUGGGGUUCCAUUUGCUUGGCCCAUAUCCGCUUCCGCCGCGCCUGGAAGUACCACGGCCACAGCGAGGACGAGAUUCCUUUCAAGGCUGUCGGUGGCGUCUACGGCUCGUAUCUUGGUCUGGCCCUCAACAUCCUGUGCCUGAUUGCUCAGCUCUACGUCGCUAUCUGCCCCGUUGGUGGCGGCUACAACAAUGCCGAGGGCUUCUUCAAGUCCUACCUGGCUCUCCCUGUCGUCAUCGUCUUCUGGAUUGGUGGCUUCUUCUGGAAGCGCACUGGCUGGCUCCGCACCGAACAGAUCGAUGUCGACUCCGGCCGUCGCGAGAUCGACUGGGAUGAGAUCAACGCUUACCGUGCUAAGCUGGCUGCCAUGCCUAGUUGGAAGCGUUGGUUCCACACUCUGUUCAUUUAA